UGGACUAUAUUAAUAUACUAUGAAUCUAUGAUAUUGUUGGACGGUUCAUAUCGCGCAUUUCCAAAUCAAUCUCCUCCAGAUUUUUCUCUCUCCUUUGCCCACCACUCCCCUUUCGCAGUCUCAUUAUCGUUCAAUUUUCGCUAAGCAAAGCAGAGCAUUUAUCAAUGGCGGGUAUGACUGUCACCGGUGGCAUUAUUGUUCCUUCUUCUAAUUCUAUGCCUAAUCUCGCUUUCUCCUCUUCUUCUCUUUCUGGUGACAAAUUUCAAACCAUUUCGUUUCUCAAUCGCCGCAAUUCUAGAAUUUCUUCUAAUGCUAGAAGAACCCCUAAUAUUGUUUCUCCUAAGGCGGUUUCUGAUUCGAAGAAUUCGCAGACUUGUCUAGAUCCCGAAGCCAGCCGUAGUGUUCUUGGUAUUAUACUUGGAGGUGGUGCUGGUACCCGUCUGUAUCCAUUGACAAAGAAGAGGGCAAAGCCUGCAGUGCCUCUCGGUGCCAAUUAUCGACUCAUUGACAUACCCGUCAGCAACUGUUUGAACAGCAACAUUUCCAAAAUAUAUGUUCUUACUCAGUUCAAUUCCGCUUCUCUCAAUCGCCAUCUUUCUCGAGCAUAUGCUAGCAACAUGGGAGGUUACAAGAGUGAGGGUUUCGUAGAAGUUCUUGCUGCUCAGCAAAGUCCAGAGAAUCCUAACUGGUUUCAGGGUACAGCCGAUGCUGUCAGGCAGUAUUUGUGGCUGUUUGAAGAGCACAAUGUUCUAGAGUUCUUGGUUCUAGCAGGCGACCAUUUGUACCGAAUGGAUUAUGAAAGAUUUAUCCAAGCUCAUAGAGAAACUGAUGCGGAUAUUACUGUUGCAGCUUUACCUAUGGACGAAAAGCGUGCUACUGCAUUUGGGUUAAUGAAAAUUGAUGAAGAAGGACGAAUCAUAGAGUUUGCGGAGAAACCUAAAGGAGAACAACUGAAAGCGAUGAAGGUUGAUACCACCAUCCUAGGUUUAGAUGAUGAGAGAGCGAAAGAAAUGCCAUACAUAGCUAGCAUGGGCAUUUAUGUUAUCAGCAAAGAUGUAAUGCUAAAUUUGCUUCGGGACCAAUUUCCUGGUGCUAAUGAUUUCGGAAGUGAAGUCAUUCCGGGAGCUACUUCUAUUGGAAUGAGAGUCCAAGCCUAUUUGUAUGAUGGUUAUUGGGAAGAUAUUGGUACAAUUGAGGCGUUUUACAAUGCCAACUUGGGUAUAACCAAAAAGCCGGUGCCUGAUUUCAGCUUCUAUGACCGUUCAUCUCCAAUUUAUACGCAACCUCGGUAUUUGCCCCCCUCAAAGAUGCUUGAUGCUGAUAUAACCGACAGUGUUAUCGGUGAAGGCUGUGUGAUAAAGAACUGCAAGAUUCAUCAUUCAGUUAUCGGUCUUAGAUCUUGUAUCUCCGAAGGUGCAAUAAUUGAGGAUACAUUGUUGAUGGGAGCUGAUUAUUAUGAGACUGAUGCUGAUAGGAAACUCCUGGCCACCAAGGGCAGUGUGCCUAUUGGGAUCGGGAAGAACACUCAUAUAAAACGUGCAAUUAUCGACAAGAAUGCUCGUAUUGGGGACGAUGUCAAGAUUAUUAACAGUGAUAAUGUACAAGAAGCCGCGAGAGAAACCGACGGAUACUUCAUCAAGAGCGGAAUCGUAACCAUAAUCAAGGAUGCCUUGAUUCCAAGCGGAACAGUCAUCUAAAACCGCAGGUAAACCAAAUAAAAGGCGCUUAAUUUUCUUGUAGCUGUUCAAGGAUCAACUAAGAGCGUCUCUAGUUUCUACCACUUCAAUCUAUGUAUGUAAAUAAUUUGAUCUUUAUUCUUUUGCAUGUAGUGCUAUAAUUUGGAGCCCACGUUAUUGUAAAGAUGUUUUGAUUAGUAGAAAUUUAUAAUAACAUCUUCCAAUAAAAUUUUGAGAUUAUUAUAUCACAAAUUCUUGUGAGAGAA